AUGUCAAUAAAGGUGAUUUCGCAAAAUCAGCGUGGACUUUUGUCGCCGACACGUUUUUUUGACAGGUUCAACCGGUGGCGGCACGCGGGUCUCCGCGAAAAGUACCCCCUCUUUAUCGAAUCAGACCCCAACACCAUGAAACGCGUUCGCUGCACGAUCUGCCGGCACCAGUUACCAAACCUAAAAACACUAAAAUCCCACUAUGUCACCAGACAUUCGAAAAUUCAAAUAAUCAAGGAACUCUUCAAAAGCAGCAUUUUGAGCGCCACUCCGGCCCUUCUGGCGAAGUCCAUCAGACGCAAAAUCCAGCAAAAGUACAAAACGGUGUAUCUGCACGACAAGGUGCAAAUUACUUACAGUAAUGAUACAAUAAUCAUUGAAGAUGGGAGCUCCGAUGAUAACUUGAUUGAAUUGACGUUCGACGACAACCAAAACCUAACUAUUCCGGUUUUAGAACAAGGAAGUGCUAAAGACAAAGCGGGACAAAGCAGACGCAAAUCCCGUAAGAAUAAAAAGAGUAAGAAGCUUUUCCGGAUUGGUAUCAAGAAAGUGACUGAAGUCCCUAAAUCGUUGCACGAACAAACGGGGGAGUUUUACGAGUGUCACUGUAUGGAGAAGGGUUCGCAGAAGACGUCGUCGGAUACUGAGUCAGGGUCUGAUUCAGGAAGAAUUUUCUAUUGUAAUUUUUGCGGUAAUGGGUAUCAAACUGUGGCUGAACUGACCCAGCACGAGAAUAUGCACCAGUACUACUGUAAAUUGUGUAACCUCAUUUUCAAUAUUCCGAACCACAGGGAGCACAUGGAUCAACACAUUGUGAGGAUUUAUGUCUGCCACUUGUGUGGGUUCGAGUUUAUUUGCAAAGACAUGUUGAUCGGGCACUUGGGGUACCAUUUUGAGCAGCAGACGUUCGAACACAUUUUAAACAUGGAGCAGGAUUAUAACAUGUAUGGGUUUUGCAAUACGAAUUUCGCGUCAGGCGAUUAUUAUUCCAAUAUUACUAAUAUUUUAUUUUUCUUGACGUAUCCAUAUGAUCAUUAUUACAGUCGGAACAUGUUCAUGAAAGUCGUUUGUGAUAUUUGUUACCAGGAGUUUUAUAUUUAUGACUACGAAAGACACAUGAAAAUUGCCCAUUUCGUGCGCUGAUUUGGUUUUGUAAA